GUACAGAACAAAAGACAGAAGUUACAUCUUCAUAUAAUAUUAGUUUCUUUUUUUUUCUUUUCGUGUUUUGUUCACAAAUUGGCUGCGUAUAUAGUUCCGCAUUCUAUGGUGAAUCUUGCCAACUUGCAGGGGGUACUUCUAAUGCUUCAACAUGUCUUACCAAUCAGGGACAGAUGCUGAUGCAAACCGCCUUGCACAGACCAUAGGUUCAAACAUUCAGAAGAUUACACAGUACACUGCUGAAAUCCAAAGGAUUGUAAACCAGCUUGGAACACCACAGGACACCACAGAACUCCGGCAACAGCUCCAACAGAAACAACAGUGUGUUAAUCAGCUAGCCAAAGAAACAGACAGGUAUAUGAAAGAGUUUGGAUCAUUUCUACCAACAGCAGAACAGCGCCAAAGAAAGAUACUGAAAGAUCGUCUAGUUGGUGACUUUUCUAAUGCGUUGGCUGCUUUCCAAAAGAUUCAAAGACAGGCUGCACAGAAAGAAAAGGAAUUUGUAGCCAGAGUGCGUGCCAGCUCAAGAGUGUCUGGUGGUUUGCCAGAUGAAGGCCUGCUGUCCUUUGAAAGUGAAAAUCGGCCGCAAGCACAGGUACAAGAUGAUGCUAUUAGGGAAGAGGACCUUGUGCUUAUCAAAGAAAGAGAAACUUCCAUAAGGCAGCUGGAGUCUGAUAUUAUAGGUAUCAAUGAAAUCUUCAAAGAUUUGGGAAUGAUGGUUCAUGAGCAAGGGGACACAAUUGACAGCAUAGAGGCCAAUGUAGAAACUGCUGAAGUACAUGUGCAGUCAGCCAGUCGUCAGCUGACCAGGGCUGCAGAAUAUCAGAGCAAAUCCCGCAAGAAGAUCUGCAUUCUAAUUGUGGUUCUCUCAGUACUAGCUGUUGUAAUUGGACUAAUCAUCUGGUUUUCUUUGAAAAAAUAAAGAUGCUACAAGAAAGUGCAUUUUUAAAUAUUCUUAAGCUUAUGUCACAGGCAUAAUGUUUUUACCAGUUCUUCUUCUACUGCCUGAAAACUUAGGAUUGCCAAGAGUAGCCAAAGUUUGUAAGAACAAAAAAAUGCUUAAUGUGUGCUAAAAAAAAUGAAAAGUGCUCUUUGCAGUUGUAAUUUCUGUUUUGUGUUUGUUUUCAAAGACAAUAUCAUAUUUUAUAACUUGUUAAUAAAUAAUUUCUCAAGUACUUGCAUUCCAUAUGACAGUGCUUGACUUGAAUAUGUAAUUUUUUGUUAUUUGUGCCAUCACCUAAAUGAAUGUUACCAAGAACAGAACUAAAAUGUUUUGAAUAAUUUUCUCUACGUCUUUAUUACAUUGAUCAUAUUUGCACUAAGAGCAGUACAUAAACGUGCACCUGAUGUGCGCCUUUAUAGAAUGUAAUAUAUGAAUUGCAUUACAUGUUUAAUAAUGUUUUAAGUGUUAUAAUAAUAACAUUUGAUUUCUGUUAUUUUGUAAAAUUGCUGUGGUUUAAAGUGUCAGUUAUUACAAUAAAAAUCUGUAAGUCUGUUAA